AUGCCUUUCCCAUUCACAUUACCUACUACAUCGUCAUUCUCAUUCUCUUCUAGUUUCACAUGCGAGUCUCAUCCUUCACUAACCCUUAACGCAAGUACACAUCGAGGGGUUGUGAAAGACUCAUUAAAAAAGCAUAAACGACUUCCUGCAGUAUCUCAAGGACCAAAUCUACCUUCAGUACUCGCUAAUUUAAACACAUACCUUCCAUAUCUUCUCGCAAUCGAUGCAGGGUUAAGCAACAAGACUGUGUCCGGUGAAGAGGUCAGCGUGGUUCUAACUUCAACUCCUACUCUUGAAUGGCGGCCAACAUUAUCAGACCAUGGCAUCCCCGGGAAAGAAAUAGCUAGGGUCAAAAUCCAGUCCUUAGAAUAUGAACUAUUCUUCGCCCUUUCUAUAGUGGGAUAUACUCACACUCUCCUCGCCCGAUCUACAUUACAUCCACUCUAUGUUACUUCAGGAGUACCCCUUAGCACACAAGCACGUACUACGGCUAUAACUACAGCUACAAAACAUCUACUAGACGCAGCAUCAGUUCAUGACUACCUCGCUCGUCGAGCUGAGGGUCUAGCUACAAUACCUCCCUGUGCCGAUAUCACCCAAUCUACUGCCAGAGCUAUGUCUUCACUUGCCUUGGCCGAAGCAACAUUAUUAGCCGUCCUGAAAGACGAUCCAUACCCGGCGGUUGUUGCGCAGGACCGUAACGAAAAUGACCGGGAAUGGAUGUAUAAGGCCCCUGAAAUUCCCAAGGUCCGAGCUCACCUAUUCGCUCGACUGUGUCUCGCAGCAGCGGAUCAUGCCGCUCAAGCUUCUUCUUUAUGUCAAUCGGCAGGAAAAGGACCGUCCAAACUUAACGAGGGAUUAUUGCGAUAUGUAGAAGAUUUGAGGAAGACCAGUCGAGCCAAGGCUUGCCGGUUUUUUGGUAUCGAUGCGGAGUUAUCAGGUCAAACUGGAAAUGCUCUAGGGUGGCUACGAUGCGGUCUUCAAGAACUCGGUAUCGAGUCAAAAGAAUCCAAGAAAGGCCUGAGUUUAAGCCGAAUGAAGAAAGACUGGACUGAGAGGAGGGAGGAUAAGAAGGUGGAAAGGGGCACAAAUUGGGGCGCGGAUGCCGGCAAGCUUGAGGAGACUCGGGUGAUCGAGAUGUUAGAAGCAAAAUGGACGAAAAUAAAUGAUACUAUGCUCACUCAAACCGUCACACCGCCCGGAACGUUACUAGCUAGUCUCCCUAGUGGCAGAGACUUGCACACAAUCAAACCCUACCAAGCCCCAGAACUCAGCAGAGAAUUACUCGAAGCAAUGCGCACACCUCCAGAUAGGCCCGAUGAUUAUGAAAACGAGCAAUGGAGUUCAGAUGAGCAAACCGCCGUCGACGUACCGGUAGGAGCGUUCCCGGGUACGCAAGGCGAAUAUCAAAGUGGAAGCACGAGGUCAUAUUACUAG